AUGAUAACCAGGUUCCGUAAGAAGCACAAUAAAGUUGGUAUGAAGGCUAUGAGAGGGUGGGCAAUACAGAUAUUGACAGGGCUGGAAUAUCUUCGGAGUCAGGAACCAUCCAUUAUUCAUAGGGAUUUAAAGUGUGACAACAUAUUCAUAAACAGUCAUGAUGGACAAGUGAAGAUUGGCGACUUUGGUCUGGCGACAUUUUUGCAUCAACGGAAAACGAGAAGUAUCGAAGGCACAUUAGAGUUUAUGGCACCAGAACUCUUCACUGGGAAUUACAACGAGUUGGUGGAUAUAUAUUCAUUUGGGAUGUGCAUGCUUGAAAUGGGUAUAAAACCAGCUGUGCUAUCCAAGGUUGAAGAUGCAGAAGUAAGAGGUUUCACAGAAAUCUGUUUGGCUCCGGCAGCUGAAAGACUUUGUGCAAAUGAGCUCUUGAAGAACUGUUUCCUCCAGAAAGACAAGCCUAUCCCAGCGCCUCCUAUUUCAGUCUCCCUGGUCUCGAGUGUGACUAAAGAUGGUCGGCAGUCUGCCAGUUUCAUGCUAUGGAAGGGUGAAUUCUCACUAAAAGGCGACAUGCAUGUCACCGACCAUGUUAAUUUAUCGCUAAGAUUUCCUGAUCCCAGUGAGAAAUUACUACAGUUUCGAGAAUACUCUAGUUUUAAUAACACAAUAUUUAGUGCUAACCAAACAGCCUGCAUAACAACCGAACGGGUAUCUUGUGUAUACAAAAAAGACCGCCCAAGGCACGGCCUCACCUGUGACUCAUCUGGUGGUGAAGCUACACACAGACGGAGAGGCUUGGCCUUCAUUGCGUCACCAUUGAGGCGCAGCCGAGCUACACGUGGAGGUGGCGACCCACCACGUGGCGUAGUUGGCCAGUCAUCCGUCACUGUCGAGGGGCACGAAGAGCUGCGCCAGGACUGGAAUCGCGCGGCCACGCUCGGCACAUUCACUUGA